CCGCGUAGGAAUUUUGAACAAUUCAGCCGAGGUGUUCGAUCAUGGUUACGCUAGUAUCGGCGGAACGUCUAGCGCGAUAAAUUACCGAGUCCUCCCAGCCCUGGAUUACCAGCAUGAACGCGUUCUCGGACGCUCAGGAAGCAAGCGAACGUCGACACUGGUCAGGUUGACCGGGCGAAGAAGCCAACUCGUUCAGUGCGGCGGAGAGCAACUUGCGUGGCGGCAGCAGUGAACUUCAGGCAGGGGCCGCCCGCUUGGCCCUGCGUCGUGCAUCGAGGAAAAAGAGCGUCCCGCUCCCUGCGCGUGGAUCGCUCCACCUCCCGCCUGUGUCUUUUUCUGCCUUCCAUCCGGAACGCUGGCUUGAACUUGUGGUGUUGGAGUGAUCGCGCGUCACCCAGAGUGCAGUGUGCGUUCCGUGCAUUCCGGGAGGCGGAAGUCCGUUUCACUCGGCGAGCGUCCCGAAAGCAACUCUUGAUUGGACGGCAUUCCAUGAUAACAGGUGGCGUGCCUUGGCGGUGCCCGUCGCGGUGCUGCUGGUCCGCCAUGCGCCGUGCAGCUGCUGCGGGCCGGAGCUGAGCGAGGGCUCCUACGCGUCGCUGCCCGAUCAGCGCCAUGCGGGCCCGACCCCCGCCCACCACGAUACAGGGCGUGCCGGUUCCCUGGGGAGUGUCCCAGAACGACCUCGAGGCGGUUGAGGACAUCCUGUCGGCCACGUCCCUCGCAUCCAACCUGCACGGUGUGCUGUCCACGAGGCGAAACCGUCGCUCCGCUCCUGACCAUGAGGCUUGCCGCAGGAUCUGCCCAGCUGCCGGCACCAGUGGCCGCCCGAAGACAACAUCGAGCAUUACCAAACAGCCACUGGCCCAGCCGCGAGCCGUGGCGUCCAAGGCCCGGCUGUGCCCCAGCACCAGCACGCCCCGCGGCGCACCCCCGCCGGCGCCCGGCUGGGAGCGCGCGCUGAGCUCGGGCCCGCAAGCCACGCGGCCGCCGGACGCCAGCGCGCUCGAGGAGUUCGUGCUCGACGACAGCGACCUGCUGCGCCUGUGCGAGCUGCCGCCCCCUGCCCUGCAGCAGCAGCAGCAGCAUCGGCCGCGCCGGUCCGCCGCCGCUGCCGCCGCGGGCGGGGGUGGAGGCGCCCCCUCGGCGGGUCGCCGGCCGCCUCACCUGCGCACCGUGUCCAUCAUCGACACGCUGAGCGCGCUGGCCCGGGGCGCCCAGGACCACCGAGACGUCGCGGCCAAGGCCGAACCCUGGCUGCCCGCCGCGGCGUCCCGGCGCCCGGCGCGGCGCCCGGGCCAGGCCGCGCCGCCGCGCGACUGGUCGCGCCAGUACGCGUCCGACAGCGAGCUGAAGAGCGGCGGCGACGCCUGCUCGGUGCUCUCGCUGCGAAGCCAACCUCCGCGGCGCGCGGCGCAGCGACCCCCGUUGUCCAGGGUGCCGCACUGGAUACGCGCCAUCUUCAGGGUCGCCAAGAAGGGCGACCUGGACGCCCUGAGUCACAGCCUGCGCGACAUGGAAAAGCAACUGGUGUGGAACCUGUCCGACGGUCAGGGCAACACGUUGUGGCACGUCUGCGCUGCGCGCAAUCACCUGCGGUGCUUCCAGUGGCUUUGCCAAGGUCAUCCUCAACACGUUCUGGCCGAUGAAAACCACAGCAACCUCACCCCCGUUGCCACAGCAGUCAAACACGGCAACCUCGAAAUACUCCAGUGGCUUGUAAGCAAGUCUAUGGCACUAGACCAGAUAGACCCCAGUGAAGGAAAUAGAACUCUUCUGCACUUGGCUGCCAAGUAUGGGCAGGAAAGAACAGUCAGUUGGCUGGCCGAGUACAUGCAGAACAACCAGCUGAACAUAAACCGGAAGGACUGCGAUGGAAACACAGCAAUGCAUUUGGCUGCAAGAUACGGACACAUUCCAGUCAUUAAGACGCUGGUACUGCACAGUGCUGACGUCACAGUCCAGAACGAGCAGGGCCUGCGACCGUACGGCGUCGCUUUGCAAAACAGCCAGGAAUCCUGCGCCGACUACCUCCUCACCGUGGAAGUCUGCCUGGGGCUCUCGGCCGACCAGGUGUUGCUAGAGGGACACUUCCAGAGUUUGCAAGUGGAGAACACAGAGGUGAAGAAUGGAUUCAAAGAGUUGCUCGUACUGACACGAAGAUUGCUAAGGAGGCAAGAAGAGGCGCUGCAGUAUGUCCAGGCUGUGUGCACGGGCAACUUGAGUUCAGACAGGGCUGAAUCUGACAGCGCUUCAUCGUUACCGUGGAACUCUCUCUCAGGGACUCCGGACAGCAAGCAGGCACAGGCCAAGCUCCAGGCACUCCUGGAGAACAGCCAGCUCAAACUGCUUCCAGAAGAAGAAAGCCGUCUGCUGCAGCUGGAGGAAAAGUGGCGGCGCCUGCGAGUGAACAAGGGCGCUGUCGAAACACGCUCUCCUAUGGAGCUAAUUAGGUCCCAGUUUGCACAAGUGCUAGCCAAGUGCAGCACUCCACCAGUGCAGCCAUUGAGGCCAGCUUCAUCCUCUGGAACGUCAGUGUCCAACGACAGUGAAGAGGAGAGCACCGAGGACGAGCGAAACGUUGUCAGCUCACUAGCCACAACAAAGCGCGUGCCAAGUCUCAUGCCCUGGGAGCAAGAAGUCUGCUCCUGGGACAAAGUCCAGGUCUUCUUGGAUGGCCUCUGUGAAAAGCAGGCCCCUCCAAAGAAAAACAGGAGUUCAAACACGCUUGUCAUACGCCAAGGAGCAUCCAGACUGCGGGCUAAGAACUAUCGCGAACAGCUCGAAUCUGCACCUGAGAAUGUCAGCUUGAAAGUGCUUUUUGAGAACAACCCUGAGUUGAGGCAGGAGGGCCAGACGUGCUCUGUUCUCGAGGUGCUGGAGCCAUCGAGCAGCGACGCGGAAGAUGAUUUGCACCACGACAGCUGCGGCAGCUCUUCGGGGUCGUUUCGAUCCAACGAGAAUGCGGUACUGCAUGUGGCGCAAAGGCGGCAGCCGAGGCAAGCGAAUGGUGACUGCCACUUACGCAGUUCCAGCUCGGGUGCCUCGAAGGAAGGUGGCAGGGCCAGAGCCAUCUUUCUGACAAAUAUUGCAGAGCUGCCUAAUAGCUCGAGCAGCUACAAGCUCAGCGUGAAAUUCCAGCAGUCCCAGGAGUGUUCGCACGUGAACGUGCCCGAGAUUGCGCCCAAGGAAGAAGUUGCAGAAGCCAGCGCAAACGAUGGCAAAUCAAAAAGUGCCGAAAAGCAGAUGACUCUCGCCGAGCCAGACCUGAUUCGGGGAACCAGCGUUGCAGAAAGGUGUCCUCUCGACACGUCCCAGGGGAGCGCAGUCUCAUCCUCGGAAGUUCCCGCUCGAGAGGUCUUCGUCCAGGACGCCGAAGAGCCGAAAGAACAGCACGACGGUGCUGAAGCCGUUGCAGCUGAAAGCACAUCUUCCCCGGCUGAAGCCUCCUCGCCCGGCGCAUCCAGCGCCAAAAAGCGCAGUGGCUUCCUGCUCAAGUUUUCCCUGAAGAGCCGCUUUCAGUCCAAGCAGAAACAGCAGCAGCAGCAGCAGCGCAAGUGCGAAGAGAUAAGCCCCGAAGAGUUUCGCGAGACAUACACGCGUAGCGCAGGUUCGGAGCCCCCAGCGGUUCCAAGCAGAGACAGCGCGGUGCCGAGCCCCGUCAAGGGGAACGAACUGUUUUCGAAUGCACCACUGCCGCCACCGCCGAUUCCUUCAUUGCCGCGGAGGGAUCCGCCACCGGUGCCUCCGCCAUGUGAAGAGGUGCCUCCGCGGUCCCCCAUGCCUCUUGCCGAGGAGCAGGAAGACAAGUGCACGCCUUCGGAAGACGGGCUGCUCUACCUCCGCAACGGUUCACCCGAACCCAGCAUACUGCAGCCCGACUCGGUCGUAUCCAAGACAACUGGAGGAACACUUUCACGACCUGCAUCAUCAGCAUCGCAGACCGAAGAUGGUCGACGGGGCUCCGUGACACUCAGCAGGACGAGCGCCUUCUCCCUGGCCAAGCCACUGUCACCCACCGAGCUGCUGCUCCACACACCUGACUCCUCGGUGGGUGGUCGGCAGUCACCCGCUCCCAGCGAAGUCUCCAAGACCGAGAGCGCCCUGUCGCCCCCGAGCGAAGCGUCCAAGGCAGAGAGCGCUCGGCAGCCGCCACUAUGCAAGAUUGAAGAAGCAGCUCAGGAAGCACUAAAGCGUGUCGCCGGUCCACCACUAGACACGACCAAGGGGCCCCAAGAGACGGCAACUGCUCAGGAAUCCCAGCCGUCACUUGUCCCUAGCAGCAGUAGUAGCAGCAGCAGCAACAGUGGAAAAACCAAGAAAAUGACCCUCGCUGCAAGAAAGAAUAAAAAGAGCUCCAAGCCAUGGUACGAAGUGUCCGAUGAAGAAGACAUGCUUUUACCCGACAAGUACCAGACGGUCAGGCCUCGCAGCAGCUCGGAAGACGAAGCUGACCUGGCCAUAGUGGCAUGACAGAUUGUGCUGUUGUGCGCACCCAAGUUCCUUCCUUACACACAUCAUCCUAAUAAUGUGUUGAACGCAGUUGGCAUUCUGGGGGGGAAAAAAAGGACUUUGCUGAGCAGGGAACAACAUUAGGUUUGCGAGAAUGAUGCCCUCCAUAAUGAGUGAGGUACACGGGCAGGCUGAAAUUGCAAAGCAGCCGAGCAGACGUGUUCCCGAGUGCCACUGGAUUCGCUUCGCGGUUAACUACGUUACAGUGCCUCAGACUUUUGUUGUCUUGGGAACAUUCUCAUGCCCUACUUUGAAGGUGAUUUCGCUACCACGGUUUUCUGUGGCAAGUUGAGGCUGUCUGUAUUGCAUUCUAAUAGACGAUGUUGCGUGCACCUGGCUCGAGGUUGGAACAUUGUGGGUCAUGUUUGCCCAGGUAGCAAGCGAGGCAACAUUGGCGGCACUGGAACGUGACCACAGCACGCGAGUACUGAAGAAGGAACAUGCAUAUUAAAUUUCAAGUUUUCUAGAAGCGGUCAACUGAUUGCUAAAUUUGUUCACACUAGGGGGGAGUAGGUCGAAAACUGCUAUGUAAGCACUUUUGAGAUCAAUAGAGAUUCUGUUUUUC